CCGCCUGUUGAUUUAAACAACCAAUCAGAAUUGGGGGUGUCUCCUGACAGACAGCCGCGAACUGCUUGAAUUCUUCCUGUUAGAAUUAUUGCUGCUGUAUUAAAUUGUUCAGCAAACUACGUUGUUUUGAUAUUUAAGCCAGUAUGGACGUCCUCAGUUCCAUUGAAAAUCACUCAGGUGCAAAUAAUUGUUCAGUUUCUACGCCGAAGGGCAAUGACUCGAAGAACGCAGCUUUAAGGAGGACUCCGUUCUCAAAGUUUAGGAAAGUGCACUCCAGCUUCAAGUCACCUCUCCAAGUAACAGAGUGCACAAAACGUAGCCCAGAAGAGGAGGUGGAGGAGCUACAGAGACAAGAGGAACAACUGGACACAGAGAUUACUCAGCUGGAAGCUGAGGGGUACAGAGUGGAGGAGCUGGAGCGUCAUAUCGACAUGCUGCACGAGUACAAUGACAUCAAAGACAUUGGUCAGACGCUCUUGGGCCGCAUUGCUGCACUGAGGGGAACCACCACACGGGAUCUCUACAGCCACUUUGGUCUUGAGCUGGAUGAUUGACAGACGGAAAAAG